AUGCCUCUUGCAUCUCGACUGGCGGAGGUGGUGAUCUGCGUGAACAGAGAUACCCUGCAAGGCUUGUCGGCGUUACCGGAGGCAUCUCGGGAUUGUUGGCACCUCCCAACGGUCCAUCCGACGGACGGACUUUACAUCGCGUUCACCUCGGGCAGUACGGGAUCCCCGAAAGGGGCCACCAUAUCUCAUCAAAACAUUCGGAGCGCGAUUUACUACGGUCUGGACGCAUUAGGCUUUACCUCUACCACACGGGUCCUUGGAUUUUCCUCAUAUGCAUUUGAUGUGGCGUGGCUCGAGUUCCUCUAUGCGAUGGCUUCCGGGGGCUGUUUAUGUAUUCCGUCGGAUACAGAGAGAAACAGUGGCAAUCUCGCACAGUGCAUGGAACAGUUGCAAGUCAACCAUGCUCUUUUGACCCCAUCCACCGCACGGCUUCUCGACGCAGAUGCGGUGCCGAGCCUCAAGACCCUGGUUCUAAUCGGAGAAGCCAUCACCCGCGAGGACCUGGUCAGAUGGGCGGGCAAGGUUGAUUUGAAGAACGGGUAUGGUCCUGCCGAAUGCUCUGUUUUGAGCACAAUCCACACAUUCGAAGGCCCGAACGACCAGCCCAGUAUUAUUGGGUCCCCGGUUGGCCUUAUCCCGUGGGUGGUAGAGCCAUCGGACGGCGGGUGCCUCAGCUCCCUGGGCGCGAUUGGAGAGCUGUGGGUGGAAGGGCCGUUGGUGGGACAAGGAUAUCUGGGCGAUGCAGAGAAAACCGCCAUGAGUUUUGUCCAUGAUCCCAUCUGGCUGCUCCAGGGGGCAGCCGGUUCCGCUGGGCGGCAGGGUCGACUCUACAAGACUGGAGAUCUCGUUCGAUAUACCUCCAACGGUAAGCUGGUCUACGUGGGGCGAAAUGAUACGCAGGUCAAGAUCCGUGGCCAGCGGGUGGAGCUAGGAGAAGUUGAGCAUUUUCUGUAUCAAGCCUUGCCUCCGGCCGCCGUGGGGGUCCUUGUUGCUGCCGAGAUCAUCACUCCCCUGGGAAGUGCCAACCCAGCCCUGGUUGCCUACCUGGCGAUUGGAGAAUCGGCACUGGGCCCCCCGAGACUCUACAUGGUGCCCAGCCUAUUUCUCCCGGUAGUCGAACUUCCUAUGACUGCCACGGGCAAGAGAGAUCGACGGCGGCUGCGUCAAAUGUGGGCCUCCAGUUCCCUUGAAGAACUGGUGGAGCUGCAACCGACCAGAACCAACCACCAACCACCGAGAACGGACCUGGAAAGAAAAAUCCAGAAGCUUUGGGCUGAGUGUUUGAACCUGAGCUCGUUCAAUAUUGGCAUUCAUGACAGCUUUUUUGCCCUAGGAGGUGAUUCGAUCUCCGCCAUGCAGCUCUCGGCGAAGGGCCGGUCCGUGGACCUCAAAAUGACUGUCAUGGAUAUCUUCAAGUACAAAUCCAUCGCUCGAUUGGCUCUUGGUGUAUCCACAGUGGUGGAUUUCACAAUGACACAUAGGCCGGAAGGCCAUGAUCAUCACGGUGAUGGUGUGUCCUUUGCUUUGUCACCGAUCCAGCAGAUGCUUGUCGAUAUGCAGCAGGGGCGGCUCAGCAAUCAUUUCAACCAAAGCUUUUUUGUGCAGGUCCGCCGGCCAACGACCUUUCCUCAAGUCCAGACCGCAGUAGAUGCUUUGGUAGCCCAUCAUGGCAUGUUGCGCGCGCGUUUAAAGUGCAGCGGGGAUUUAUGGAGCCAGCAGAUCCUGCCUCCUGGAACCCCUAGAAGCCAUCGCGUCUGCCAGCAUAACUUUGUCGAUAUUGAAGCUGCCUCCGUUGUGAUCAAUCGAAGCCAGGUAUCACUUGAUAUCCAGAAUGGUCCGCUCAUGGCCGUCGACCUGAUCAAUACAACCUCGGGCCAAUACCUUUUCCUGGUAGCCCACCAUAUGGUUGUGGAUCUGGUUUCUUGGAGAAUCAUCCUCGGUGAUCUCGAAGAGCACUUGACCACGGCAUCCAUUCAUGGCUUAACCUCGAUGUCCUUCCAGACCUGGUGCCAGUUGCAGACCGAUCACGCACAGACCCAUGCGAAGCUAGAGGCUGUCCUGCCAGAUGGGGCUCGACCUCUGCCGCCAAUGCUCGAUUACUGGGGUCCAGUAUGCAGCUCGAACACUUUUGACAAUAUGAUCAAGUGUAGCCUGGUUGUCAGCAAGCGGGUAACGGAUGCCUUGUUAGGGCCUGCAAACGCGGCAUUUGAUACGCAGUUUGUGGAGCUCCUCCAUGCGUCCAUCCUGCAUUCCUUCGCCAACACUUUUCAUGACCGAGUACCGCCGACAAUAUUCAGCGAGGGUCACGGCCGUGAGCCAUGGGAAUCUGGAAUUGAUGUUUCCCGCACAGUUGGGUGGUUUACCACGCUGUUCCCUGUGGUAGCCACGGCAAAGAAGGGGGAUAAUAUUGCCAGUAUCGUGCGCCACGUCAAGGACACCCGACGCCAGAUACCAGGCAAUGGUCGUCCAUACUUUGAGACCAGGUUUCUUACUCCAGCUGGCAAGCGGGAAUUUCAAGUGAAUGGCCCUGUCGAGGUGAUUUUCAACUACCUCGGAUUGUAUCAGCAACUGGAGAGGGAAGACAGCCUAUUCCACUUGCACGGCAUGCCAGACGGGGUGAACGAGCAUUCUGAUGUUUCUGGAAAGCUUUUUCGCUUUGCUCUUGUGGAUAUCUCCGCAUCGAUAAUGGAUGGUGUUCUUCAUGUCGAGUUUCUAUAUAAUCGACACAUGCAACAUCAGGACUCCAUCCGCGCAUGGGUCAAGGAAUGUCAACUCUCCCUCUAUGCUGCGGCGCAGGAGCUUCCUUUGCUCCAGCCAAGCUAUACCCUCUGCAGUUUCCCAUCGCUGCGUAUGGCGGACUCUGCAUUGCCGAUCCUGCAGGACAGGCUCAUGGAGCUGGACCUUUCAUAUGGGCAGGUGGAAGAUAUAUAUCCCUGUUCGCCGCUCCAAGACGGAAUUCUCAUUAGCCAGAUGAAGAACCCGGAACUCUACAGGACCCGGGUACAAUGGAUCGCACAGCCCAUGAAUGGAGUAAAGGCUGUGGAUAUAUUUCGACUCAAGCAGGCAUGGCAGCAGGUGGUAGCCCGCCACUCUGCUCUUCGCACCCUGUUCGUGGAUAGCAUCUCGGGCAUCGGGAUGAAGGAUCAGGUGGUUGUCAAGAAUCUCCAGGCAAACGUACACAUCGUACAAUCGUCCACCGGAGAUGAUAGACUCGAAAGAACCUCCCUGACCGCCGCCAAAGCGAGCUCAGUAUUCACCCUCUCCACGACAGACUCGGGGGUUUUGUGCGAGCUAUCCAUAAACCAUGCUCUGAUCGAUGCCUUCUCUUUGGGAAUCCUCAAAGACGAGCUCUGUGUGAUAUAUGAUGGCUUGCGCCCUUGUCCUCCAGCACCCCUUUACAGUGACUAUAUCCAGUACAUUCACUCCGUGUCAAUUGAAUCAGCGGAGGCAUACUGGCAUACUCAUCUUGGAGGGGUCAAGCCUUGCAUAUUUCCACCACUGGGUAAUCCGGGCGCAGAAGAUAGGCGUUCGCAUAACAAAAUACCUAUUACAUUCGAGCGAGAUCUGCAUCUGGCACUGCGCAGCUUCUGCACAGAAUAUGAACUGACGACGUCCAACGUUUUCCAUGUCGCAUGGGCGCUGGUCCUGCGGGCAUACACCAGCUUGGAGACCGUUUGCUUUGGCUAUCUCCAAUCUGGCCGCGAUAUUCCUCUACGGGGGGCUGACAGAACCGUUGGCCCUUUCAUUAAUAUGCUUACCAGUCUGGUGGAUCUGGCCAGCAAGGAUUCGCUGCUGACUUUGGUACAGAGAAACCAGGAGCAGUAUGUCAACAGCUUGGAGUUUCAGCAUUAUCCGCUGGCCGAGAUCUUCCACUUCAGCGAUACACCCGAGACAGGGCUCUUCAAUACUGCGAUUUCGGUUCAAGCAAGUGGAUAUGGGUCUCAGAAUGAUCAGUCGGGCAUAUCACUUCAACACAAAGAAGGACAUGAUCCCACCGAGUACGAUAUAAUGAUAAAUAUUGGGAUCGGAGAUGAGAAGAUCGACUUGGAGUUUGACUUCAAUGAGUCGGUGAUAUCAGAAAUUCAUGCAAAGAGUGCCUUGGACCUGUUCCUGAACGCCAUCUCACAUAUCAUCAAGCACGGGAGCCAGAGCGCCCAGGAAGUCAAUUUGAUCAGCAAACAAGACUUAAAGACUAUUUGGGAGUGGAAUGCGACCGCAACAAAGCCCUCUAGCCGCUGUGUGCAUGAACUCAUCAUGGAACAGGCAGAGAAAACCCCAGCGGCCGCUGCCAUAUGCGCGUGGGAUGGCGAUCUCAAAUACGGAGAGCUCAAUGCUUUGUCCACUCAGCUGGCAUGCCACAUCCGUCAUCUUGGUGUUGAAGCAGGGGUGAACGUCCCGCUACUCUUCGAAAAAUCACGGUGGAUGUCCGUUGCCAGUCUAGCCGUAAUGAAGGCUGGUGGAACUGUGGUAGGGUUGGAUCCUGCUCAGCCCGAAGAGAGACUACGAAGGAUCAUCAAGCAGGUCCAGCCUCGUCUCAUCCUAACCUCAGCCUUGACUCACACUAUCACUUCAACACUUGCGGAUUGCCCUGUUGUCCUGGUUGAGGCCCUCACUUUCGCUGAGCUGAACACAAAGUGUGAUUCUUGGCUACCGAAGGUCGAUCCUGACGGCAGCCUGUACUUGGUUUUCACCUCUGGGAGCACGGGGCUUCCCAAAGGGGUGGCCAUCAGCCAUUCAAACCUCAGCACUGCCAUAGUUCACCAAAGGCUUCUCUUACAACUCUCUAGCUCCUCGCGGGUACUGGAUUUUGCAUCCUACGCGUUCGAUGUCUCUUGGGGCACGAUCCUUCACACCCUUGCAGCUGGUGGCUGCGUCUGCAUACCCGAGGAGUCAGAGCGCCGCGGAGAUCUCAGUAUAGCAAUCCGCCGGAUGGAGGUAAAUUACGCGCAUCUCACUCCAUCUGUUUCACGGCUCCUGAACCCUUCCCAUUUGCCGCUCCUUCAAACCCUCGUCUUAAGUGGAGAGGCCGUAUCACGGGUGGAUAUGGAUCAGUGGAGUCCACAUGUCCAUCUCAUCAAUGCUUAUGGCCCUGCUGAAGCCGCCGUAUGGGUUACAUUUGCGCAUCUCAAGAAGGAAAUGUCCAUACCAUCUAUCGGAAGAGGGGGAGGCUGCACUACGUGGAUUGUUGACCCUCUUCGACCCGACCAAUUGGCACCCGUGGGCUGUAUGGGGGAGCUCUGGCUGGAAGGCCCACUAGUGGGACUUGGCUAUCAUCACGACCCGGAACGAACAGCAGCUGUAUUCAUGAAAAACACUCCAUGGUUGGCUCGAGGAGCAGGAGAUCCGCAUGGUCCUGGUCGACAGGGACGACUUUAUCGAACUGGGGACUUGGUCCGCUAUAAUCCCGACGGAACGAUCGUCUACAUUGGGCGAAAAGAUAACCAAAUUAAGAUUCAUGGCCAGCGGGUGGAGUUGGAAGAGGUAGAGAAAUAUAUCCAGCAGGCUCUAAUGAAUAGUACAGGAGCAGCAGUCCCUGUGGUAGCAGCGGUCACUAAGCCCAAAGGAAGCAAUACCCCGAUCCUGGUAGCUUAUCUGGCUCUAGGUGAUCAGGCAAUGAGCUCCACGGGCAUGCUCCGCAAAAGACUAAGCAGUUACGCCGAGGUCAUCAACCAGGACUUGGAAAAGUACCUGCCGAGCUACAUGCAGCCGAACAUUUACAUUCCUGUGGCCAUAAUCCCCACCACUACAAAUGGAAAGGUUGACCGCAGGAAACUUGAAGCCAUCGGAUCCAGUCACACUGUGGCUGAAUGGGCUGGCCUCCAAUCCGACAAGGGCAAAAACUUUACAGCAUCAUCCCCAGAGGGGCUAGAGCUACAAAGACUAUUCGCCGAGGUAUUGAAUAUCGAUCGCAAUCUUGUAGGCAUGAAUGACAGCUUCUUCUCACUUGGCGGGGAUUCAAUCACGGCAAUGCAGCUGUCGGCGAAGUCCCAGUCCGGACCCACCUAUAUCACAGUGACCGAUAUCUUUAGGCACAAAACCGUCAUGCGGCUAUUAAGUCAUGUAAAGCAUACAGAGACCGACUCCAUGCAGCUCCCGGAAUCUACCGACAAUCUUUUCGAGCUGUCCCCGAUCCAGCAGCUAUUCUUUACUUCGCAGGGCACAGGGAAAAACCUAUUCAACCAGUCUUUCCUGGUCUGCGUUUCCCGUCCCAUAACUUCGAACGAGCUCAAGCAAGCUAUCGAAGUUCUGAGUCUACGCCAUCCUAUGCUCCGGGCUCGAUUCGUGAACAUUGUGGACGGCAUCUGGCGGCAGAAGAUCGUUGCUGAUACGGCCGGCUGCUUUAUAUUUCGCAACCACCAGAUUACUACCCUCCGAGAUAUGGAGCUUCUCUUCCAUAACAGCCAGCAGUCGAUAGACAUUGCUAAGGGUCCUAUAUUCAGCGUGGACUUGAUCGAUUCGGAUCAUGAUGGGCAGUACCUCUUUAUGACAGCUCAUCAUCUUGUCGUCGACCUUGUCUCGUGGAGAAUUAUACUUGCAGAUCUAGAAGAAUACAUGGUCUCGGGGAGGAUCGCCGGCUUUCCUCCAUUCUCUUUCCAGUCAUGGACCCAAUUGCAAGCACAGUAUGCUCGGAAUCAUUUGCCUCCACAGGUUGCAUUGCCCUUUGAGGCCAAUCCACCCCGGUAUGACUACUGGGGACUGACCCCUGGACACGUCGCAAACACCAUGAACAAUAUUGGCCAAAGUAGCUUCACAAUUGAGAAGCACCUAACCAACAUUCUUACGGGGUCGGCCAACUCCGCCUUCGAUACUCAGCCUGUUGAAAUUCUUCACGCGGCCUUGCUGUACGCAUUUACACAGAUAUUCCAGGACCGUGACGCACCCCUUUUUUUCUCCGAAGGUCAUGGUCGAGAAAGCUGGGACUCUACCAUUGACCUAUCCAGAACGGUUGGUUGGUUUACCACCAUUUUUCCAGUGGCAGUUUCAAUUACGCGGAACAGCAGUCUUGCAGAGGUGGUGCGCUGUGUCAAGGACACACGUCGGCAGAUACCGCGCAAUGGAUGGUCCUAUUUCACAUCGCGAUACCUCAAUCCUGCUGGACAGCAGGCAUUCCAAAUCAAGGGCCCCGUUGAGGUCAUUUUCAAUUACAUGGGCUUAUAUCAGCAGCUAGAACGUCCUGAUUCGCUGUUCAAGCCAUCUGAUAUUACAGUCACAGAGCCCCCUGCUGCUGUGGCGACUCUUUCUCGAUUUGCCCUGAUUGACAUCGCCGCGUCGAUUGUACAUGGUCAGCUUAGGGUUGAGUUCCUUUAUAACAAGAAGAUGAGGGGGCAAGACAGGAUACUCGAAUGGAUUGGAAAGUGCAAAUGCUCACUCGAGGAGGCAGCUGACGUACUGGCGCGUUGUCAUGUCAUCACAUCUACAUAG